GAUUUACAGUGUCGGCACAAGUGCGUCGCGUUGUGCGGUGCCCUCGUGUGUUUAUCGUGCUCGUAAAAACGUGAUUCAAAUUUAGAUGAGAAAUUACAAAGAAGGACGCGUUCUUUUGUCUCGAGCUUCCUGCGGUAAUAGUUGAAGGAAGAAACACCUGCCUUAAAUCUACAACAGCGAGACAUCGAUCCAAAAAAUAUUCCAACUAACACCGUCGGGAAAGUGAGUUUCUCCGCGAAUGGCAGCAAGACAAUGUAUCAUCGAUUUCUCAGACCUUCCUCGUGGCCGAGAGCACGAGCACGAGCACGAGCACGAGCACAACGAUCGAAGGCUGCAUUUAUUUGGGUCGUGGACACCGAUUUUGGAAAAUGUCGGAGCAUGAAGCGCGAUCUACGGAAAAUAAGGAAAGACAGGAAGAUAAGACGGAUCCGGGCGCUAGCAGGCACGGCAACUUCAUGAAUUAUUACCAAUUCCAUCCUGCGGAAGAGCGCGUGCGACAACUUCCGUGUGGCGUGUGGCACUCGACCCAUCCGGACCGGAAAUACGUAGGCCUAGACGUUGGCUGUAACGCGGGGGAUUUAACAUUCGUGUUGCACAACUUCCUCGAGAAAACCUUAUCUACCGAUCAAGAUCUACCGAAGGAGAUUUGUUUGCUCGGCAUAGACCUCGAUCCUAUCUUAAUCGAACGGGCACGGGAACGCAAUCCACGGCCGAAUCGUAUCGUUUUCGAGUGUCUCGAUUUUUUGAUCGAGGAUCGUAAUGGGAUACUGGACAAGUAUCUUCAUCGAUUGGAGAAGUCGCGCUUCGACGUCGUCUUCUGUUUCUCCGUUACGAUGUGGAUCCACCUGAAUCAUGGGGACAAAGGACUGAUGGAAUUUUUGCAAAAGGCUUGUUCGAUCACAAACAUGAUCGUGAUAGAACCUCAGCUUUGGAAAUGUUAUAGAAACGCGUCGAGAAGGCUCAGACGAUCAAAGGGUGAAGAUUUUCCAUUAUUGAAGACGUUGAAACUCACUGGCGAUCCAGCAGCGCAUAUUGAACGCAUAUUGACUGAAUUUUGCAAUUUUCGAAGAGUCACGGUUACCGAGAACAAUGAGUGGAAACGGAGGCUAUUAAUUUACGAAAGGAUGUGAGCUACCGCUUCCAAGAUGGACCGAACGACGAUUUUUUCUUAUGCGAAUGCGAUUGGAAAUAUUAAUGCGAUGGUUGAAAUAAUUUUUAAUAGCUUGAAGCGACUCGUGAUAAGUUGAUCGUCAUUGCACACACUCGUUCAUUCUCCCUCUCUCUCUCUCUCUCUCUCUCUCUCUCUCUCUCUCUCUCUCUCUCUGUCAUAGGUCUGGUAACUGUUUUUUUAAAUAUAUUUUAUUAUUAUAUCACGC